CGACAAUCCAACCUUGCCUUAGGCUGCAGUCGUGACCAGUCGGGACUCGGCAAGCUCGUCGUCAAUCCAUUCUUGAUUGCAGAACGUCUGGAAGCAGCAUCUGGCUGCCUCACAUGUCGACUGGCUGCAUUCCUAGAUUUCUGAGUCAGCGUGUUUGUUGGGGAACACUUUGCUGUGGAGAUUGACAGGGCGAUUGAUACUUACAGGCGCCGCGUUGUAUUCGAACUGUUUCAGAAUGCUACCUUCUCCGGGGAUCAUCGAUCACUCCCCGAAGCAAACCUAUUCGUGUCGACUAGUUGACUUCUCUGCAGAGCUUAAAUACAGUCGAGAAGAUUGACUCCUGCCUAUCUAGCCCCCCAGUGUGAGACCUUCAAGUGGUUUCCGUCGUCAGCGAUGUCAAACACUGAGGAAAUCACCACUGCCGAAGCACCAUUCGACGACCAAAACUGUGAUAACAUCCUACAAUCAACCAAUGGUGUAAACUUUCAUGUUUACAAGCUUGUUCUUUCGCUCAUGUCACCCAUAUUCAAAGACAAGUUCAUGUCACCACAUAGCGAAUCGCAGUCGGAUGAAACAUCUAUACCCAUCAUAGCUGUUGCUGAGAGCAGCACGACUCUCAGAUCCUUACUUUGCUACCCUGCCGCAACCCCAACGUUCGACAGUUUGGAUGAUGCAAAGGCUGUCUUGGAGGCAGCCAAGAAGUAUGAUAUGCAACCAGCCCUCAGCCGUGCAGGAGACCUCAUCAUCGCUCAAUUCCUGACAGAUCAUUUCCUCGACCUUUACGCUCUUUCUUGUCGAUUCGGAUGGCAGCAUCAUGCUCAGACCGCUGCUACCCGUGCUCUUGAGAUCAAGGAUCUCGGGCGACCCAGCAAUGGGUUUAAUGGUUUGCAGGACAUCACUGGUGCGGAUUACCACAGGCUCCUCGUAUACCAUUAUCAAUGCGGCAUUGUCGCUCAAAAAGUUGGAGACUCUCUUUCCUGGCUACCGCCGUCAUCUGGAGAAAUGCAAUUGCAAAUGUGGAUAUGCAAAUGCAGACUCACGGGCAGUGCUAAGACGCUCCAGAUUGGAAACGUUGGCGAGUUGAAAAUCGUUCCAUAGUUUGAAGAGUACUUGGUUUCGAGUGGGAAGGAGUUGUUGGCAAGACCUUGCGAGUCGACCAUAAUGGAGUCGAAAUAUUACAAUCAAGCCAUGGUCGAAGCGACGAAGUGCAAUGAUUGCCGAAGCGAGGUUAUCAAAG